CUAUGGAUAUAUCUUGAUGAAAACAAUUUUAUUUAUUUAUUUUUGUAAAGUAAUAUCGCAGCGAGAGAUUUAACUUGUAAAUUUGAAAAUGGAUCGAUGGGCAUAGUUGCAGCAGAGAGAUACCCAUACCCUACCGCGAUUGCAGGGUUUCCUUUUACAGAUUUCCGGUGAUCUUCAGAUCUGAAUUCUAGGGUUUCAAUUGAGUCUCAAGAUGUUUUGGCGUAUGACCGGCUUGUCCACUACGUCUCCGGUGGACACAAUAUUGGACAAGGAAAAUUUUACUCUGGAGGAGCUUCUAGAUGAGGAUGAAAUAAUCCAGGAAUGCAAAGCUCUUAAUAACCGGCUUAUCAAUUUUUUGAGGGAAAGGACCCAGGUUGAACAACUUGUUCGGUACAUAGUGGAAGAACCUCCAGAAGAUGCUGAAAAGGGGCGAACUUUUAAGUUCCCUUUUAUUGCUUGUGAGAUCUUUACAUGUGAAGUCGAUAUCAUUCUCAAAGCCUUGGUGGAGGAUGAGGAGUUGAUGAACAUGCUAUUCUCCUUCCUUGAUCCAGAACAGCCUCAUAGUACUCUUCUGGCUGGCUAUUUCAGCAAAGUUGUUGUAUGCCUGCUGUUGCGGAAAACAGUUUCCUUAAUGAACUAUAUCCAAGCUCAUCAGGAUAUUAUCAAAAAGCUGGUUGACCUGAUAGGAAUUACAUCAAUCAUGGAGGUUCUUAUUCGACUGAUUGGCGCUGAUGAACAUCUUUACACGAGUUAUGUAGAUUCAAUGCAGUGGCUAGAAGAUACAGAUGUGUUGGAGAUGAUUGUUGAUAAGUUUAGCUCCACAGAUUGUCCUGAAGUGCAUGCCAAUGCAGCCGAAGCACUUUGUGCUAUAACGAGAUAUGCUCCCCCAGGACUGGCUGCCAAAAUAUCCAGCCCAAGUUUUGUAACAAGAUUAUUUCGUCACGCUUUGGAGGACUCACGGCCAAAAUCAGUUUUAGUCCAUUCAUUGUCUGUGUGCAUAUCUUUAUUGGAUCCUAAGAGACAGACCUCAGGGACGUAUUACAUUUACAACCGGCAAUCGACACCUGGAUCUGUAGUCACUGCAAAACCCGAGACUGUGGAAGGCAUGUUGGAGAGCCUAGGGAGUUUGUUAAAGCUCUUGGAGGUUUCGGCAGAAGAAAGUGUUUUGUUUACAACAUAUGGAAAGCUGCAGCCACCACUUGGGAAAAAUCGACUAAAGAUUAUCGAAUUCAUCUCAGUCCUAAUGACUGUUAGUAGCGAAGCUGCUGAAAAGGAGUUGAUUCGCCUUGGUGCCUUAAUACGUAUUAUAGAAUUAUUUUUUGAGUAUCCAUACAAUAACUUCAUUCAUCACCACAUUGAACAAAUAAUAGAUUCUUGCCUUGAGAGCAAGAACGUUUCCCUCAUUCAACAUAUUCUUGAAGAUUGUCAUCUUAUCAGGAAAAUUCUUGAUGCUGAGAAGAAUUGUGUGCUGGAUGCUGAUCCAAAGAAUCCAACACUCCCUGCAGAUGGAAGAAGGCCACCUAGGAUAGGUAAUGUUGGGCACAUGACACGUAUAGCAAACAAACUUAUUGAACAAGGGGCUAAUAUCACUUACAUAGAGUCAUAUUUGCAGGGUGACAGUGAAUGGGUAGAGUGGCAUACAGGUGUACUUACCAAGCGCAAUGCACUUGAAAAUGUGUACCAGUGGGCGUGCGGGAGACCAACUUCACUCCAUGACCGUGGUAGAGAUAGCGAUGACGAUGAUUACCAAGAUAGAGACUAUGACGUGGCAGCUUUAGCCAAUAACUUAAGCCAAGCUUUCCGAUACGGUAUAUAUGAAAAUGACGAUAAUGAUGAGGCUCAUGGCUCACUGGAAAGAGAUGAUGAGGAUGUCUACUUUGAUGAUGAAUCUGCUGAAGUGGUUAUAUCUUCACUUCGGCUAGGAGAUGACCAAGAAAGUGGGUCGCUUUUCACAAAUUCAAACUGGUUUGCUUUUGAGGAGGAGAGGGUGGUUCAUGAACAAUCAACCAGUGCGGUUGUAUCUCAGUCACCAGACACCGACGCUACUAUUGACAACAAAGAUGUCGAUAGCGGUGAUGAGGUUACUUCUAACGAAAACGACAAAGACUUGGUCGAUUCUGCAACUUCGGAGUCCCUUGAGUCAAAACCUGGCCCAGAUGACACUGCUAUCAGGAAAUCAACCGAUGAGUCAACACCAAAUGAGAGCGAUAAGCCACCAGAAUGGAUCGAAUGGAGAGAAUCAGAAUCAGUCCAACCAGAACCACAGAUUGAAACAGCGGUUAAGAUCACUGAGUUAACUGAUAGCCUCCCGAAUGGUAAUCUUGAAGUGACUUCAACGGCUGAUAUUGCUGGUGACGGUCCUAACAAAGCGGAGGUUUCUCCACCAUCUUCUACCACUGACAAGUCGGAGGCGGUGGCAGACAGUGGCGGCAAAACUGAUGUUGGAGGAAACCCAGCCGAAAAAUAAUGCGAUUCUAUUGGGUGUGGUUUGGUUGGGUUUUCAAAGCUGGACAGCAUUGUUCUAUUUGUAGGACAGGAAAAAUGCUUGUGUAAUUCAGACUAAUUAUGUACAUUAGUGAUGGAGCAUACAGUUGGAAAUAGGGAUAAUGAUUCUUUCGCCCUCCCGUUGGUUUACCAGAUCGAUGGCGGGGUUCUCAUUCGAAGAUUCUCUUACUAAAUGGUUGUAUGUUAAAAGUCUUAUGCUCCUUUUCAUCGUUAAGAUUCUUAAUGUCUAAAUUUCAUUUAUGAACGAUAAAAUAAGAUAAAACUAUCCGAUAACGUGGAUGAAGAAUGCAAGUUUUGAUUUUUUACA